GUUUAAAUUUAAAUGAAAGUGUGAUGUUCUUCUAUGGUGUUGUUUUUGCCUCACUGUCACCCGUACCCGGCCGAAGAAAAUUUUUGAACACUAUUAAACGUUCUAAGAAGAUACUAAACGUGUAAUCAAAGCACUGCAGGGACACUGAAGUCAUCCCUUCAAAGAGAUUGCGGAUAACAAGCGUUCUUUCAUCUGGCUGCAGUCAUGACUGAUUAUUUGCCUGAACCGACUGUUCGCCCUGCACCGGGAUUCAAUGCAUCUGAAGAUGGAGUCGCUCUACGAACAGCAAUGAAAGGCUUUGGAACUGACGAGCAGGCAAUAAUAGACAUUUUAACACAUCGUUCAAACGAGCAGCGGCAAGAGAUUGCCAAGUUCUUCACAGCAGAGUACGGGAGGAACUUGAUGGAAGACCUGGAAAGCGAGCUGAGUGGGAAGUUUGAAGAUCUGAUCAUGGCCCUGAUGCUGCCUCCCGCAGACUACCUUGCAAAGGAGCUGAACCGAGCCAUGGAUGGACUCGGAACCGAUGAGCACACACUUGUGGAAAUACUUUGUACGAAAAACAACAAGGAAAUUCAGGAAAUUGUUGAUGCAUACGAGAGAUUGUUUGACCGGCCACUGGCCGAACACAUGUGUAGUGAGACUUCCGGAGAUUUUCGUAGGCUGCUUACGCUCAUUGUUACUGGAGUGAGAAAUGAUGGCUCUGUGGAUCCAGGCAAGGCACGAGAACAAGCAGAGCAGCUACAUGCGUCAGGUGAACUGAAGGUGGGCACUGACGAAGAAGUUUUCAACCGUAUUCUUUCGCACGAGAGCCACCAACAGCUGCGACUCAUAUUCACGGAGUACAAGAACGUGACGGGACGAUCUAUCGAGCAAGCUUUGGAGAGUGAGAUGUCUGGGGAGCUGCUGGAAGCCAUGCUAGCUAUAGUUGAAUGCGUGCAGAGCCCCGCCGCCUACUUCGCCAAAAGGCUCCACUGGGCCAUGGAAGGGAUGGGCACCCGCGAUCGUACGCUGAUCCGAAUCAUUGUGAGCCGCAGUGAGAUAGAUCUGGGGACCAUCAAGCACGAGUACGAAAGGUUAUACGACAAGACGCUGGAGAGCGCUGUGAAGGAUGAAACCUCAGGCGACUACAAGCAUGCCUUGGUUGCUUUGAUUGGUGGGCCGUGAACAUCGUUUACCAUUGAUCUGAUUGGUAGAAUCUAUAUACCGAAGAGUGCUUAUAGGAAUCUUGUACUUAAGUACAUUAUAUGCAAGUGCAAUUAUCUUUUUCAUGUAUGUUUUAGCUUAUGUAAAAUGGUAAAUUAGAGAAAAGAUGUGUUAUAUGACAUGACUUGUGUAUAAUAUCUAUUGGUUGAACAUAGUAUUAUGUGCACUCCUAGAUAACAUAACAUACAAAAUUGAUGUCCAAACUAGCUGUUGGGAUGCUGUUCUGCGUGAUCUUUGUUGAGUUUUCAAAAUUCAUUAAUCCAUCAUGUUGUCUUCUUUCACCUGAAUCUUGACCCAGUCCCAUAUUUAUGCCUGGUGGAAGCAAAAGGUCAUGCAGUCCCUUCUUUUUGAAUAUAAAUCAUAAAGAUGACCAGUUCUAGGAUGAUGUGGAUGGAUUGUAGUUAAGGUGUGCCAAUUACACAAACAAUGCACGUAAUUGCAUAGUCCAGUGGAAUCUUAUCAGUCUCACUUUUUUUUUGUUCUAGUCAACAACUACAGCAGUUGUCAAAACUUGAUUCUUAUGCUUCACAGCAUUUUGGCAAACUCUUUUGUUGGCAAUUUAGAAUGGUUUGUGAUUUUCAACUUUGCCAGUAAACCUGGAAUGCAAACUACUUAUUUAUUUACCGCCACAUCAAGUUGUUCUUGUUAUAGAAUAUAUUUACCAUAUUUAUUUUAUUGUUUAGAAUGUAAGCUUCCUACUGCUUGCUGGCCGAGUCAUGUGACGUACUCCUACCUUUCCAACAGCUUGGACUUCCAAAGCUCUCUCUUCAACUUUCCAAUGUUAUUGGCACACACUAUAGUUGGGAUAAUGUGAAUGUUUCAUCAGCUUGCGCCUAAUGUAGAACCUUCAUAUGUAGUUGGUAAAAUACAGUUCCUCUGUUUCAAAGAUAGAAGAUUAGUGUAAGCAAAAGGAUGACAAAGAAUAGUGUUUAAUUUUUAUAUUUUUAGUUGGUGGAAUUGUUUAUUGCAUGUAAGAUCCAAGUUAUAUCUGAAAAUUUUGUUGUAUCAGCCAUUCUAUUGGAAUUAUUAUAAAUGUGUUAGGUCAAAAAAAACUAUUGCUUUGUGAUUUUUGUAUAUAAAUGUUGUUGCUUUGAAAGACAUUGUAUUUAUCAUCUACUCUAAACUUAAUUCACUCUUACCUGACAUUCAUUGUCAACAAAUGCACAUUAUAAACCAAUAUGUUCAUUAGUUGCGGACCACUGUACUCAACAUGGUCCAUGAGAAAUAUAUUCUUAUUUAGUUAAAAAAUAUAUAUAUUAUUACCUUUCUGGAUACUAAUUUAGUUUUAGUUGAACCUUCAAAUCACAGAUGUCAGCAGGUAAGAGUGAAUGAAGUUGAGAUAUUUUUUUUUACUGAACUGGUUCUCUGUUGUUUUAAGGGUAUGUUUAUUGUUUGAAAACAUAUUAUUUCUAGCAUGAUGCUGAAUUCGAAAAUCACAAGGUUUCUUUUUCUUGUAUUAAUUAUUUUUGUUUGGUUAUUUAGGUAACUGUGUAGAUGUAAAUAGGAACAAAAUUGUAUUUUAUUGAAACAGUGUAUUUAGAAAAACCUGUAUGUUUUUGAGCAGACUGUUGGUUUAAGAAUUUAAUACUUGUUGCAUGUAAAUGAUUAUGUGACGAAUAGGUACAAGAUAAAAUACACUAGUCCUUAUAAGUUUUUUAAUUUAAUGUCUCAGUUUGUGUUAUAUUAUGGAUGAUGUUUUGUAUAGUAAAAUGAUUAAUGUCUGCUGAUUACUGUCAAUGAAAUUACUAUGUAUUGCGUAUAGUGCGCACCACGUAUCCACGAGCCAGAACGCCACAAGGAAAGGACGUGUCGCUGCCGAAUGCAGGACCACAUAGUGUGAUGGAGGAGAGGGGAAGCAAUCCUCCGAGAUACUGCCACACCAUUUCCAGCAUAACAGAAAACUUUUAACAGCUGUGACAAAUUUCUUUCUCGUGGCGAGGCUCGCAGAUGUGCGGCACACAGUAUUGUGGGUAUAUAACUAUUUCAUUUUGAGUGUUCUAUGUGUAUUUUACAUGCAUAUAGUGCAUCUGGAUGGUGUUUAUUUAAGUUUUGAUAUGAUGUUUGGGUCUAGCUGAUUUAGGAAAAAACUAUUGUUAGUCCAUUGUAUGUAAAUGUGAGUAGAUAUGAUUGUAUUGAACUGAGAUAAUUAACAUCAGGGUUUUCUGCAGCA